AUGAAGUCGUUUAUUGCCCUGGCUCUCGUAGCCGGUGCUGCCGCCGCCCCUCAGAUCACUCAAAGCCCAGCAAGCGGACCUGAGCCGCCAGUUCGAAGCUCCGAGGUCGAGGGACCUACCACUCAUGGCCCAUUCAGUGGCGAACCCACCACUACUGGCGCUCUCUCGAAGCCAGCCUUGGCGCAGUCCAUUGCGCCCGGCCCUCCUCUGCCAGUGACCUAUGUGAACAACAACGGCGAGCUCCAGGCCACAGCUAUGCCCGUGCCAUACCAGCCUGAUGGCGGCAUCCUGACCAAUGGCACAGAGCCCUAUUACCACCCGUUGAGCGAUUUCGACUAUGAGAGCUUUGUUGUCGCCCUCUACCAAGAGUGGAUCGAACUGGAUCUCUUCCACAACGGUCUUGCCACUUUCUCGGACCAAGAUUUCGAGGCGGCGGGUCUGACUGCUGAGGACCGAUACCUGAUUCAGUUCAUGGCUGAUCAAGAAGUUGGGCACGCGACUUUACUGUCCAACAUUCUGGGGCCUGCUGCGCCUCCACAGUGCACGUACAACUAUCCAUUCACCACCGUUCGUGAGUUCAUCGACUUCUGUCAGAAGCUCACUCGAUUCGGCGAGUCCGGCGUUUAUGGUUUCCUCGGUCACCUGGACUCGCAGGCUGCUGCAUCGUUAUUGCUCCAAUCUAUUUCGACUGAGGCACGUCAGCAGAUGAUCUUCCGGCAAUUCAAUGGACUCUUCCCUAUGCCGGUGUGGUUCGAGGUGGGAAUUCCUCAGAGCUGGGCUUGGACACUGCUUGCACCCUAUAUCAGCUCCUGUCCCGCGAAUACCACGCGUGUUGCGUGGCAGAACUUCCCCUCGUUGACAAUCCUCAAUCAGCCCAAUGCCAACAAAGUCGACCCCAACGUCGGCGGCAAUCAGUCAACAAAUGGUUCUGAUCCCUCGCCCGACACUGGCAUUGACAGCAGCAAUUUAUGUCUCAACGCCACCGAUAUCAACAACGACUGUGGACCGGCGAUCACCAACAACCGCAGCAUUCCUUUGUCGUAUCCAGGACGUCCCGUUCACUUCCAAUGGGGUGCAGCCGACCAACCUAUCGGACCUAACAACUCAUACGUAACGGCUCGUUCUCCGCUAGCUACUGAGCCUCGCUAUGCCAUGUUCGUGAGCCAGCUCAACGCAACUUACGUCGAGCUUGUCAAUAUCACCGAUAACGGCGCGUCAGCUGUUCAGCCCAACAUGAGCACGUUCGCUGGCGAUCCGGCUGUUAAUGGAACCAUGUUCAUCGCCGUCACCAGCGAGAACCCGUACUUGACGCCGUACAACUUGAGCAUGAUCAACCCAUUUGUGUAUGCUGGACCUGCCAUCUACCAGGCUGGUUAG